CUCCACAACGCUUUCAUUCCUCUCUCUCUCUCUCUUCAUCCAUGGCGAUCCCAACUGUCUCCCUGGCAUCCUUCUCCUUCUCCAAACCUCCCCUUUCCAUCCGCCGCCGCCUCGUUCCUCCUCCCCACGCCGCCGCCGCCGAGUCCGCCGGACAAAACCAGCCCACUGCCAGCUUCUCCCCAUCUCCCCUCUCUCUUUCCAUUCCCACACUGCUUGAUAACAGGCACAGCAGCAAAAACCCUAUCCAACAGAACCCAAAUGUACUCCAUGACCUCACUCUCUUCCCCAACGAACAAAUCCUCACCGUCACCCUCCGCGACCUCCUGCAAAAGAGCAAAAUAACCCCUCUAUCCAUCUCCGGCGAUAUCAACACCCGCAUCACCGGCAUCCAGGACGAUUGCCGAGAGGUGGUUCCCGGUGAUCUCUUCAUUUGCCGUCUCGGCUCCAAAACGGAUGGCCACGCUUACUUAUCGGAGGCCAUCAACAACGGCGCAGUGGCCGUGUUGUCUGAAAGAGAACUCGACAGAGAUGAGACGGUGGGGUGCCCGGCAAUCAUCACUGUGGAGAGCACCCUCUCGUCAAUCCCUAAUCUCGCCGCAUCUUACUACGGCCGCCCCUCGGAGAAGCUCUGCGUAAUCGCCGUCACGGGAACAAACGGUAAGACGACCACAACCCAUUUGAUAAAAUCCAUCUACGAAGCCAUGGGGUCCAGAAUAGGGAUGCUCGGCACCAUCGCUUACUACAUUCACGGCAACCAACGGCUUGAAGCUCCCAACACCACUCCCAAUGCUCUGCUGAUGCAGAAGCUGAUGGCAGAGAUGGUGAACAAUGGCGCUAAUGCUGUCGUCUUGGAGGCUUCUUCUCAUGGUUUAGUGUUAGGAAGGUGCGACGAGAUUGAUUUUAACGUUGCAGUGUUCACUAAUUUCACCAGAGAUCACCUCGACUUCCAUGGAACCGUAGAUGAGUACAGAAAGAGCAAGGGAAUUUUGUUUGAUAGAAUGAUCGAUCCAGCAAAACACAGGAAAGUUGUGAAUUUCGAUGACCCAAACGCUUAUUUCUUCUUAUCUAAGGGGAAUCCGGAUGUCCCAGUGGUGACUUAUGGAGUGGAGAACAAGGAUGCCGAUGUGAGGCCGCUGAACUUCGAUCUAUCAUUGUUUAGAACCAGAAUUUUGGCUGACACGCCGAAGGGUACGGUGGAGAUUUGCUCCAAAUUAAUUGGAAGGUAUAAUGUGUACAAUAUUCUUGCUGCUGUUGCUGUGGGGAUAGCGGUGGAUGUGCCAUUAGAGGCUAUUGUGAGAGGGAUAGAACAGAUGGAAGGGGUUCCGGGAAGGUUUGAGUUGAUUGAUGAGAAUCAAGGGUUUCCGGUGAUCGUCGACUACGCGCACUCGCCAGAUGCUUUGUCGCGCCUGUUGGAUGCUGCGAGAGAACUUGGGUCGAAGCGAAUUAUUACUGUAUUUGGAUGUGGUGGAGAAAGAGAUGAGGGAAAGCGACCUUUGAUGACUAAAAUUGCAGCUGAAAAGAGUGAUCUGGUUAUUCUUACAUCAGACAAUCCAAGGAACGAAGAUCCGAUGGAUAUCUUAGAUGAUAUGUUGGAUGGUGUUGGUUGGACGAUAAACGAUUAUCUACAAAUCGGUGAGAGUGAUUGCUAUCCUCCCCUUCCUAACAAUCACAGAAUUUUUGUUCAUGAGAACAGAAGAGUGGCUCUGAGAGCUGCCAUUGCCAUGGGAAAGGAGAAAGAUAUAGUUGUUGUUGCUGGGAAAGGACAUGAAACAUAUCAGAUUGAAGGUGAUAGAAAGAUGUUUUUUGAUGAUAGGAAAGAGGGCAGGGAAGCUAUACCAAAAGUUGCAGCAAGGUGGAAUUGAUUGCAGUCAAUUUCCGUGGUGGUUACCGCAGAGUUACUGAAGCCUUUCUACAGGAGGUGAAUCUUUGUGCAUAGUAUGAUUGAUGGCACACUAAAUGCUAGAACAACCAAAAAUGAUGAUCAAUAAAGAGCUCUAAUUGAUGUGUGGCGGAUAGAGAAAAUUGGUGAAACCGGCAUGAAUCAUGUGAUUCUUUCUGUUAUUGAUUCUCUAACAUCUUACAUUCGUUCGACUGGCGCGCGGCUUAGUGGUUGAGGAGUUUUAGCUCCCUCCUCUUCAUGGUUUUUAAUCUUGUGAAGAUAUUGAUGUAUGCAUUUGCAUUGUUAUUAAACUUCACAUAUUUGCUCAACAAAAAAUGGGCUUUUAUCAUCA